UUACGUCAGCGGAAGUGUUUUGAGCGUCUGUUAGCUAAGCUAGGAGGUCACAUUGGUUCAGUUUUGUAAUGUUUUGAGAAACAUCACUGCAAUGGAAGCAACUAAAACAGAUGACAUACAGCUCAGGCAUGUGGAGAAAGAUGUCCUGAUCCCGAAGCUAAUGAGAGAGAAAGCCAAGGAACGCUGUGCUGAAAAGGUUGAAGCAUUCAACCACUGCUGUAAAGAAUCUGGUUUCACCAUGGUGUUCAAGUGUCGAGAACAAAAUGCAGCCUUGAAGGAAUGUCUGACGAUGCAUUACACAAACCCUGACUUCUAUGAGGAAUGCAAAAAGGAGUACAUUCAAGAAAAACUGGAGUUUGAGAGGACGGGGAUCCCAGCCAAGAACAGGAAACAGAAACUUCCAACUAGCAUGUAAUGAUGAACCGAAACAACAUCGGCCUUCUUUUUUUUUUUUUUUUUUUUUUUUUUUUGUAAGGUGCGAAGCGUGAGGCUUUGUCCAGAACCAGCACCGAUUUCUGUACACACUGGACAAAUAGAGAUGCAACAAGACAGUGUGUGUGUGUCUUAAAAUCAGUGGAAUUAAUGGCUGAAAGUACUUUGGUCUGUAAUGUGCAUUUUUAUAUUUUGUGUAUUUCCAAAAAUGUACAUUAAAAUGAUCUUCCAUGCUUGAUAUUUAACCAGUAGCAUGGUCAAAAGAAGUACAUAAAAUCUUUGAGUUAAUGUACUUUUACCACUGAGCCAAUUCACAAGAAAUUGUAAAAAAAAAAAAAUGGCACUGAGACUAAUGAGACUCCAGCUUUGGAUUUGUGCAGUUUCCUAAUUUGAGGAAUGCUCGAUGCAUAUCUCACCGUGUUGUUACGUGUUUGUAUUGUAACAGCACAAGUGUUAAUGAAGCAUCUGCUUUGUUGCUUUUGCUCGAUUCAACAGCUUGGAACCUUACACAGAAGAACCUGUAUAUGAAAAUGAAAGAAUCGGAAAUAGAGUGGUGGAAUAAAACACUUUGUGCAGUGUAUCUACACUAAACAAUAAACUAUGAGUCAUA